AUGGACUCAAUAUAUUCGAAAGUUGAAAACGACGAGUACUCGAAUGAAUAUGACAUGCAGCUCGAUUUGUUCCUACUGUCAACCUUGGGGAAAGACGACCAUUUCGGAAUCAACGGUGACCUGUUGGGAGUUUUCUCAUUUUACAGACAGAUGGGCUCCCUAAUCUCGCUAUCGGAAGACGGCAUUGAAACUCCCUCGGUUUAUCUUUUUGGGGAUAGAUUCUACGUGGAUGAAAACAACGUCCCACAACUAAUUGAAGAUGCUCAAUAUUCCGCAAUUGCCACCAUCAACGGCAUCGAUGUUCAACAAUACCUUGAAUUAGACUCGUUAACUGGUACUUCGCAGGACCCUGACGCUUUGUACAAUUGCAAGUUUUACGGCUCGUACGACACUUUUACCAUGCCUACUUCAUACCCGGGGUCUGAGACUACGGUUGAAUUUGAAAAUGGCACUGUACAAAACUAUCCUACAGUGGUCACCAUCAACAAAAACCUCACCGACAUAACAAGUGCAGAUGACAUUUAUAAACAGUUCUGUGUCGUGGUGGAAGAACCUGAGGAAGUGCCGGCAAAGCGAAAGAUGAGACUGUCCAAACGAGAGAUUACACUGCCGUCGAACCCGUCGCCAAAUGUAUAUGAUGAAUCUAACAGUGUUCAAGGAUACUGGGAUGGCGAUGUUGCAGACAAGGUUGCCGUUCUUGCUAUUUUGGGCUUUGAUCCAGACCAGUCUGAUACGGAAACCAAAUUUCAGCAAGCGGUAGGACAAGUUUUGGAGCAAUCUACUGAAGCAGGGAAGGACAAGCUCAUCAUCGACCUAACCAUGAAUGGGGGUGGCACAGUUUUCCUAGCUCUCGAUACUCUGGUACAAUUGUUUCCCGACACCAACCCGGAUACCAAGAGUAACCUCCGUGCAUCAGGCGUCAUGCACGCGAUGGUGAUGAGUUCCAGCGUCAACACCACCGAGGCUCAAAACAAAGAUCCAACUACAGGCCUGGAUGAAGCUGAAAUCCAGGCGGAGUGGAACUUCUCCCCAUUUGCAUGGCAACCAAUCCAGACCCCGGAUAAUAAAAAAUUUGAAAACCUCGAAGAUUUCUACGGUCCAUUUGAGUCCGGCCCUGGAAACUUCACAGCAUUUCUUCAAGAGAACUACACGAAUAACGAUUGGACGAUUCUUGAUAAAUCGGCCUUUGACAUAACCCUUGCCAACCCAGAAGCCAAGAGGCCUUUUGCUCCUGAGAACAUGGUAAUUCUGACAGACGGGACAUGCGCAUCUUCAUGCUCUAUCCUUGUUGAAAAUCUCAAAAGCAAGUUCGGGCUCAUGAGUAUUUCCAUAGGUGGUAGGGCCCAGGCUGGACCUAUGCAAACAGUCGGCGGCGUCAAAGGUAGUAGGCUUUUCGACCACAGUUUUCUCAGGGACUGGCCAACAACCUAUGCCAAUGAACUCUCAAAAGACAAUUCACUAGCAGAUCCAAUGUUUGAGUCGUGGACGACCGUGGCUACUCAACGAUUUGGAGUGUAUGUGAAUGGAAUGAAUGCCUACCGAAUGGGCGAUGAGACAGAAACGCCUCUGCACUUCCUCUACGAAGCCUCCGAUUGCCGAAUCUGGUGGACCCCCGAGAUGUUCCAGGAUCAGACCGUGCUCUGGAACCGGGUUGCGGAAAUUGCGUUCAAAGGCAGGAAAGAUAAUGUUUUCACCUCGGAAUUCUGCAUCGAAGGCAGCACUGAAAAUCCAACAAGCAUAAGCGGUGGACUCAAACUAGGAGAAAUUGGGCCACAGGACCCUCCCAAAGAAGCUUUCCCUAGGUACUCCGGCUGGAUCAUCAACGGGACAACCAUCACGGAAGAUAUAUUGCCGAAACAUGAUUCAUACGGCCCAGGAACCAUCAGCGACGGCUCUAGCGACCGUUCUUCGUCUUUGGAUGCACCUAUCGAUACGGCCGCCCUCGAACAGUUUCGAGACUACUGCGAUGGAUACACAGGAGAUGCUUGGCUCCUGAAAUUGAUGUGUGCGGCUGUUAAAUAG